AAUUUUCGAAGGGAAUUUUUUCUGCUCAUCCAGCUGAAUGACGUGAAGUUGGCUGCGAUUUCCUUUUUGAUUCGUUGUUGGGUAGAAAGAGCUAAUCUAAUCCUCCAAGAUGGGUAAGGGUAAUAAUAUGAUCCCAAAUCAGCACUACCACAAGUGGUGGCAGCGUCAUGUGCGUACCUGGUUCAACCAGCCGGCGCGCAAGGUGCGCAGACACGAGAAUCGCGUGAAGAAGGCUAAGGCUGUCUUCCCACGUCCCGCCAGCGGCCCACUGCGUCCAGUGGUGCGUUGCCCCACCAUCCGCUACCACACAAAAUUGCGUGCUGGACGCGGUUUCACCCUUGAGGAACUGAAGGGCGCUGGUCUGAGCUACGGCUUUGCCAAGACCAUUGGCAUUUCUGUGGAUCGUCGUCGCAAGAACAAGUCUCUGGAAUCCCGUCAGCGCAACAUUCAGCGCCUUAAGGAAUACAGAAGCAAACUGAUUCUGUUCCCCAUCAACGAGAAGAAGAUCCGCAAGGGCGAGUCCACCGUUGAUGAGUGCAAGCUGGCCACACAGCUUAAGGGUCCAGUCAUGCCACUCAAGAAGGAACAACCCGUGGUUGAGUUCCGUGAGGUCACACAGGACGAGAAGAAGUUCAAGGCAUUUGCAACUCUGCGCAAGGCACGUACUGAUGCUCGUUUGGUCGGCAUUCGCGCUAAGCGCGCCAAGGAGGCAGCUGAGAGCGAGGAGGGCAACAAGGGUGAUGCCAAGAAGGGCAAGAAGUAAACUGCGCUUAGACCUGUAAAUUCUGUCAACUAUAACAACCAGAAUAAAAUUUUAGUUUUUCAUAACACAUGAA